AUGGUCGGCCUUAUGCCACCCCCACCGGGGGUGACUCCCGACUUCUACCACACGACGGCCGUCCAGGUCAGGUUCAUAAUCGUCUUUGCAGUAACCUUUACGCUGGCGACGAUAGCACUUUUGCUGCGGUUGUACACCAGAGCGUUUGUGGUGAAAUCCCUGGGACUCGACGAACCUAUGCCCGCGGGGUUUGGCAGGAGUAUGUACGAAGUAUCACCAACGCAGAUUGUGGGCUAUCUUGAGCUCCUCCUCGCGCUUGCGUUAACCUACCUCUGGCCACCGACCCUGACCAAGCUCUCCAUCCUCGUCCUCUACUGGCGCAUCAGCCCAAAUAAAGCGUUCCGGAUUAGCAUCAUCGCCCUCGCCGUAGCGCUCGUCGGCUACACGGUCACCUUUAGCGCCCUGUUCGCCGGACCCUGCAACCCGAACCUGAACACCCCCGAGAGCGCCACGUGCCUUAACAACAUCGCCGUCGCCCAGGCCGUUCUAAAUAUCGUCACCGAUGGCAUUAUCAUCGUCCUCCCGAUCCCCACCAUUCACCACCUGAACAUGGCCCUGAAGCAGCGGAUUACCGUGGGCCUCAUUCUGGGACUUGGGUCAGCUGCCUGCGUCGCCUCCAUCGUCCGCAUUGCCUACGUUCGCGCCAUGGUUACCAACCCGGACUUUACCUACACCCAGUGCGCCGCCGCCGUGUGGUCCCUGUUCGAGAUGAACCUCGGCAUCCUCUGCAACGCGCUCGCCGCUCUCAAGCCCUUUGUCAGGACGUACCUGCCCGGGCUCUUCUCCUCGAAUGGGUGGGGCAGCAGCGGCCGCAAGACCGGUCAGCAGGGUCCUUCGAAGCGCAGCAAGAGCAGCAAGUGGGCGCAUGGCUAUCAGCUGCACAGCGUCGGGAAUGGAAAGACGGAGCAGACGGCUGCCAAGGACAACGUCGUGGUGGUGGAUCAUCAGUUCUCGGUUGAGUAUAACACCGCCAAGCCAAAUGCCGUAAUGACGACAGGGAGCGGGGGAAGUACGGAUAGUAUUCUGACGCCGCAGUAUCCGGCGCAGAAGCCGUUGUGAGCCGGCCUUUGGACGCCCGCCCCCCUCCUCCCCCC